UCUUCAAUCUGAUCGACCAAUCCUACAUGACGAUACAAUCCGUUUUUUUUAAACUGGUUUAAAUGAUCAAUUGGUGGAGCGUUCUUCUACACUGAAACACUUUCUUCGAUGGGAUUAGGUAUUUCUUACUCUGCAAUCCCUUACCUCCAAAUCUUCAAUCCCGACACAGUUUCUCUGUCUGGAAUACCCAUCCCCAUUCAUUGCACAUUUUCUCUCUCUAAAACUGGCCAAACCUCUCUUCCCUUCAAUGCUAUUCACUCCAAUGUCCAACCAUUGCAUCCCAACUUCUCUCUCUAAAACUCUUGGACAAACCCAAAUCCCCAUUCCAAGCAAAACACCUCUCUCUUCCCUUGAAUGCAAUUCACUCCAAUGUCCAACCAUUGCAUCCCAAGUUCUCUUUCUUAAACUCCUCUUGGACAAACCCAAAUCCCCAUUCCAAGCAAAACAAAUCCAUGCCCAAAUCCUCAGAACCGGUCUCCAUCAUGUCCAGUCUCUCAUGAACAGGCUGGUUGCCUUGUACUCAUCUCUUGGCCUUCUAAAUGAUGCGUCCUCCAUUUUUGUUUGCUUGAGCUCACCUUCUUCUCUCUCAUGGAGAUCAAUGGUCAAAGGGCACAGCUCUCAUGGCCUAUUUGAUCAAUCUCUGUUUUUAUUCUCAAAGAUGAGAGCCAAUGGGGUCCACCCUGAUCAUCACAUCUUCCCCUCUGUUCUCAAGUCUUGCGCUGGUUUGAUGGAUUUGAAGCUUGGAGAGUCUAUUCAUGGCUGUGCUGUUAGGCUUGGAUUUGACCAUGACCUCUACAUUGGUAAUGCACUCAUGGCUAUGUAUUCAAAGUGCUGCAGUGUAGAGAGAAAAAGUAUUGGUAUUAGAGAAAAUGGGAGCAUCUUAUACGCCCCAAGAUUGAAUGAUGAAAUUUCUCAAAGAGAAUUGAGAGUUACCCAACAAUCGUCUGAUGAAAUUCCUCAAGAGAGAAAGAGAGGGGUUUUAGGCAUAGGGAGUGUGAUAAAAGUGUUCGAUAGAAUGCCCCAUAAAGAUCUUGUGUCAUGGAACACUGUAAUCUGUGGGCAUGCUCAGAAUGGUUCGUAUAAAGAAGCAUUGGCCAUGGUUAGAGAGAUAGGUCUUGCCAAUUUGAAGCCUGAUUCCUUCACUCUUUCAAGCGUGCUCCCAAUCUUUGCUGAACAUGUUGAAAUUCUUCAUGGAAAGGAGAUUCAUGGCUUUGUAAUAAGACAUGGGUUUGAACCAGAUGUGUUCAUAGCGAGCAGUUUGAUCGAUAUGUAUGCUAAAUGCACAAGAAUUCAUGAUGCCCAUAGAAUCUUUCUCUUGAUGCCGAAUCAAGAUUGCAUCUCAUGGAACUCCAUGAUUGCAGGAUUUGUGCAAAAUGGGUUUUUCAAUGAAGCUCUGCAAAUUUUUCAUGAAAUGCAAACAGUAGGGAUCAAACCUAUGGCUGUGAGCUUCUCGAGCAUUAUGCCCGCAUGUUCGCAUCUCACGUUGCUCCAUCUUGGAAAGCAACUUCAUGGAGGCAUGCUACGAGGAGGGCAUGGUCACAACCCAUACAUAGCAAGCUCUCUGGUGGACAUGUAUGCCAAAUGUGGAAACAUACAUAUGGCUCGACUGGUUUUCGACAAGAUGGGGUUGCCUGAUAUGGUGUCAUGGACGGCGAUGAUCAUGGGUUACGCCAUGCAUGGCCAUGCAUCUGAUGCCAUCUCAUUGUUUCAUAGAAUGGAGAUGUCAAAUUUGAGGCCUAAUUAUGUUGCAUUUGUGGCUGUGCUCACAGCUUGUAGCCAUGGCGGAUUAAUGGACGAAGCUUGGGGUUUCUUCAAUAGUAUGAUCAGAGAUUAUGGGAUUAUGCCUGGUUUGGAGCAUUAUGCAGCCAUGGCUGAUCUUCUUGGAAGGGCUGGUAAGUUAGAGGAAGCCUACAAUUUCAUAUCUAACAUGCAUUUUGAGCCAACUGCUAGUGUUUGGGCAACCUUGUUAAGCGCUUGUAGAGUCUAUAAGAACUUAGAAAUGGCAGAAAAAGUUGCAGAGAAGAUAUUUAAACUUGAACGUGAUAACAUGGGUUCUCUUGUGCUUAUGUCUAAUAUAUACUCGGCUUUUGGUAAACGGAAGGAAGCUGCAAGCCUUAGAGUGAGAAUGAAGGGAAUGGGGAUGAAAAAGAAGCCAGCUUGUAGUUGGAUUGAGAUUAAGAACAAGGUCCAUGCUUUCAUUGCAGAUGAUAAGUCUCACCCUGAUUAUAAGAUAAUCAGUGAAACUCUCAAAUGGCUUUUGGAAGAGAUAGAGAGAGAAGGGUAUGUGCCCAAUACAGAGGAAGUGCUCCAGGAUGUGGAGGAGGAGCAGAAGCUGUAUAUAUUGUGCAGCCAUAGUGAGAGGCUUGCCAUUGCUUAUGGAAUUAUUAGCACACCGCCUGGUUCGGGAAUUAGGGUUACAAAGAACCUCAGGGUUUGUGCAGAUUGCCACACUGCAACAAAAUUCAUAGCAAAGGUUGUGGGUAGAGAAAUUGUGGUGAGAGAUGUGAGCAGGUUUCACCAUUUCAAGGAUGGGAAGUGCUCGUGUGGAGAUUAUUGGUGAUGCAUUCUUCUUGUUUUUAUCUCUUUCUAGGUAAAAAAGCUCUGCGACUUCAUUACCAGUCUCCAAAGUGCCAUCGACAUUACUGGUGAAAACUCUGAACUUCCUUGACCAUUUCAUAAUUCUCGUGAAAUCACACGAGAAAGCUCUGCAACAUGCAAAUCUUUUUUUGAUAAAGUUAACACUAAUGAGAGACGAAAUACACAGCUCCAAAGAGAGUGCCCACAAGCCGGACCUCUCAGCCAAAAAAUGAGGUAUCCUCUAACAAGAGGUCCUGUACAAAAAAUGAGGGUCUUAUAACAGCGUCCCUUUACAACGAUGUACAAAAGAGGGCAAUAAAAAGGGUUGUAGAGAGAUGUAAAACCAAAAGAGGGUGAACAGCCAAAGACAACCCCAAAAGACCAAAAAAAAAGUCGCAGCCUUGUAAGUUAGGGUGCUAAAAAACAAUUAAGUGGCCACGACUUGUGCGAUCGUUCCUUCCUUAGCCAGGUGGUCCGCCAAGCCAUUUGAUUCCCUCCAAAUAUGCGUCCAUGAGACCACUGUAGCCCUGCAAAUGUGGGAGAUCUCGUCAUAAAUAGGGGCAAGGUACCAGGGAGGGGUAACUAGACUAGCAGCCAAAGAAACUAUAUUGUGUGCUUCCCCUUCCACCAGGCAGGGGUUGGCCCCACUCAGGAUUGAACAUCUUGAGACCCGUGAGCAAAGCCAUAGAUUCAGCGAGCUGUGAAUCAGCCUGGUCGAUGUGUUUGGAAAAAGAUGCCAGGAUGUUCCCUGGUGAUCUCCAAAAACCCGACCAGGAUUCCCAAGGGAACACCUGUCAAAAUUAAACAUGACUGAACCAAGAGGAGGAGAGGACCAGCCACCAUGUCGAGCGGGGCGACAGUGUUGAACCAGGAGAACUUGCUGCCAGUUCGAAAGGAAUGAGGAAGAGGGGAUGUCCUUGAAGACUUUGUGAUUAGUGGCCCAGCAGAUCACAAGAGCAAUAGAGCAGAGGUUUUACUUUUGACUCCUCGAAAGAUCCUUGCAUUCCUUGCAUUCCUUUCCAUCCACAGGACCCAUAUCGUGGCCGCUAUGCACGCCUUCCAAACGAUCCUACCAGCUUUGGGCCAAGGGGAGUCCUCGGCUAAGUUGAAGAGGGCAGAGAUGGAGGUGGGCAUCACCCAAGUCAAGCCAAAAACGCAUAAGAGUCUGCCCAAUAGGUUAUGAGCCAAGUCGCAAUGAAUGAAGAGGUGAGGAUGGUUCUCUUCUUCACUGAGGCACAUAAUACAUCGAUUCGGGAUUGGAAUCCCCCUGCGCUUAAGUUGGUCUACAGUUAGCUCUCUUUCAGGGCCUGCAAUCCAAUUGAAGGCUUGCACUUUUAGGGGUGCUAUCGAAGACCAAACCUUGGACACCACAGACUAGAGGUGGGUUGGGUGUUGAAGCACAGUAUUAUAGAAAGAAGAAACCGAGAAGGAGCCCGAGGGAGCUGGGGUCCAAAAGAUACUAUCCGACCCAGGAAGGGCGAGGAAAGUUUCAUGAAGCAAGGCAGAGAGGGACAUAAAAUCAAGGAGCUUGGCAUCAAAGAGAGCAUCUAAAAGAAGGGUUUCCAAACCCUGCUGUUUCCCGCUACCGUAAUUCUUCCGAGAUCCAGGAAGAAGGGUUAGUGGCAAGCAAGAACAAAGAUGGGUAUUGUUCCCGAAGGGGUGUGUGGCCCAACCAAAGGUCGGACCAGAAUCGAACCCUACUACCAGCCCUAGGGUGGAACCAAAUGAACUGUUUAAAUUUAGAUAGAGCCGACAUGAAGGAUUUCCAGGCCCAGAAGACCUACUUGGAGAUCUCCCCUCCGGCAGCCAGGCAUCAGUAGGGGGUGUUGGUUAGAGUUGCCUUUAUGAGGGUAUUUCUUCCCACAAAAGACAGGUACCUCCCCUUCCAUCCGGCUAGCUGGGUCUACUCUACCAAUAAUGUUUGACCAUGCAACUUGCAAAAUUCUGAAUUCUUAUGAAUAUUACUGGAGAAAGCUCUGCAGCUUCCUGACCAUACUCUAGAUCCCAAUAGAGAAAAUUCUGCAACUUCCCUACCCAGUUCCAAAUUAUCAUGAAUGUCAAUGAAGAAACUCCAGCAACUUACCUAACUUCAAUUUCUGAUGCUUCAACUUACCGAACUUUGAAAUACCAUGAAUGUUAUUGGAGAAAGCCCUGAAAUAUCCUUAACCAACUCCAAACUGAUUGUCACAGGAUAGAGCUCUGCAAGUUCCAAAUUCCCAUGAAUAUUAGUGGUGAAAUCUCUGCCAUUUCCGUAACUCACCACAAAAUUCCUAUGAAGACCAUAAACCAAGGUGAGUGUGGAUCCAUUCUUUUGCAAUGGGAAGUGCCUGCUUAAGCAUCAGGUCAUGUAAGAUGAAUCUGAAGGAAAACUUCAAUAAGAUUAUAUUCGACAAAAUUAGCUUUGGCACAAUAUCAGAUUUUGUUGAACAUAAUGUCACAUACAUUUUUUUUUUUUUGAGAAUGUUCACAAUUGUAUUAAUAAAAAAGAAAUUACAGUAUA